AUGCGUAUUCUACAUUUACUUUGGAUAGUUCCUUUGCAGCUAUUAACUCAUGCGUCCGAAGAUUAUUCAUCUACAAAUCAGACAUCACCAUGGAGUAAAUGGAGUUUUCUUACUCAGAAUUUGGAACUUUUCUAUUUGUCCUUAGGUUGUUAUUUAACAAGUGAACGUCGAUUGGAAUGUCGAAACCUAUUCAAUUUCUAUUUGACUUCUUAUUCUCUCUGCGGAAAUGAUUAUCGAUUGUUAGUUAAUCAGAAAAUCGAUGAACUCAAGAUCUUUCAUGACUAUAAUUGUCUCGAUCAUCACGAACACUGUUAUUUUGAAUUCGAUUCCACGUGGUCGCAUUGUUUCGAAUUAUUACGAAAAAUAACUAUCGAAAAUCUAAGUUUCAUCGUUCGACUCUAUGACUCAAGGAAACUACUACCAGUAGACUAUGUAAAAAUCGUCAAUACGCACGGUAGUGUGACAGAAUUGCUACACUUAUUUCAAUUUUCUAAUCGGACAAGUAUUUACAUUGAAAACGUUCUGCCCAGAUGGUCAGGUAUGGAUCUGUAUUCGAUUUUCUUUCAAUACCGAUCAGUUCGAUUUAAACAACUGUGGAUCAAUGUUGUGGACUGGUAUCCGAUUGUAUACAUGCGAGAAGAUCAGCAACUAGCGAUUCGACAAUGGUUGUUGCAAAUUCCGUGUCUUCAUAUUGAAUUAGGUGAUUGUAGAUUAUACCAUUACGAUUUGCUGUUUCUCAGAGAUUUAUAUGGACUACGACGUGAUGUACCCGAGGAAUUAUUUUGCUAUGCAAAUUAUGGUACACAACGUUUUCAUUGGUCGCAAAUACCAGCUUUGUAUUACGGUUAUAGGAUUCCGCACCAAACUUUAUCGAAUGUAUUGCUUGCAACGGAAUUACACGAGAAAUGUUUUGAGCAGUUCACAAAAGAACGAUAUACAAUCAAUUCUUACACCGAUCUUCUUGAUUUCUAUUCUUAUUUUCGUGCAUAUGAAUCCUACGCUCUUCCGGUAUGGGCAGUGUAUCCAUACGCUACACUAGCCACGCUACCUAUUAGCUUAACGACGACAACAACUCCACUAACAGCAAAUGCAUCGAUCAAUGAUGGAGCACUGGAUUUACCUAGAUUCGAUUAUAUCAAUAUCUAUGAACAUGCAGCAAUGUUCACCGAAACACGUUGGCUAUCAGCAGUCGAAGCUUAUCCAGAUGGACGCUUUCUAGUUGUUGAUAAUGGUAAUCAACAAAUCCUCUUGCUUAAUGUCAAUGGUUCUUAUCGAAUCGAUUUAACUCCGAUAUUUUUCCACCAAAUUGAACAUCUAAACCAAGCUGUUGAUUCGAGCCCAUCAGUUCACAACGCUUACUCAAUAGCACAUGUUCAUAUUGACCAAGAUAGUUACGUCUAUUUAGUGCCAACACUUGCCUACUAUAUCUAUGUGUUCUCGCACGAAAAUCGACUCGUACGUUGUCUGACACCACAGAUAUUAGGUGUGCCGAUCAUACGGAGUGAUUGUGUAGCAAUAACCCAUACCGGUUUAGUUUAUGUAUGUGAUGAUGCAUACCGACUAGUGAGAAUUUAUUCACGAAUGGGUGUCCCUCAUAAGACAAUGCGUUUGGAUUAUUUACCAUUGAAAUUAUUCAUAAGUAAUAAUAGAUUAUUUACCUACUCGCUUGAAUAUCCAGCCACCAUUCAUAUGUACACGUUAACUGGUGCAGUGAUACGAAAACUAACAUGCUGCGUUUAUAACUCACCAUCGGAAGUUGUUUGGUUUCGCGGGAAAUAUUUUAUAACCUGUGGUACAUUUCUUUACGUUGUUGAUGAAGAUGGAAAUCAAAUAGCCGAAUAUAACCUACGCUUGUUACUCAGUUCUUCUGAUAAGUCAGUCAUAAUACACGAUUUCGCUCUUAAUGAAGAUGGCCUUUUGCUUGUUACUUUUCGCCGAAAUGGUACAUUUCUCAAUCGCUAUUGGAUUAUUCGCCCGCUAACUUCUUGA